AUGAAUUCAUCAAUGAAAUUUCUGCUCUUAUGUGUUGCGGUUGCGCUGCUUUGCAACAGUGUUCAAUCUCAUUCAUUACAACGGUAUUUUCCGAAACGUGAAGGCGAGAAGAAUCCUUUAUGUGAAUUCGUGAUUGCGAUUAUGGAUGGAAUCAUUCGAGGCGCAGAUCUCAAUUUAACACAUGAACAAGAAGCCUUAUUACCAAAGCACGGCGAUGUUGCACGUCGAUCUGAAUUUGAAGACGAGUGCAAAGCAGAACAAGAUGAGUGGUUGAAUUCAUUGGCGUCAUUUCUGAGCUCUCUAUCAGAAGAACAGCUGCAAAAGUUAGGUUAUGCCUUUAAUCAAUUUGCAAAUGACGCCAACAAAGCUCAAGAAGGAGUUGCAUUAGCUCGAGGAAUGUUAAAACGAGCAAUCAAAUUGCAACCAAGAAAUUUCAAUAAUUAUCGAUACUAA